AUGUGUAUACCAGGAAGUAAAAGAAGUAACAGAAAAACGAACGUUAAAAUUUCCGACGCUGGUAGUAAUGAUAAAAAAGAAGCCGAACUCCAAAAGACACAAGUGGAUUUUCAACAACCGGAGAUGCAGGAAGCGGUCCCGCAACAACAACAGCAACAACACCAGGAGUUGCCACCAGUGGUACCAUCACGUCCGCUACAAUACGAACGCAGCUUCAAAGUGGCUAGAUCAUCAGCAAACGCUAAGGCCAUGGCUAAACACUGGUGCAAUCGUGCUCUAGAUAUGGGUGUGCCUGGACUUAUUGAAGAGUUCAAAGUCAAUCUCGCAAGGUGGAAACCAGAGGGAAUGACUGUUGACGCUUUUCUCGCCAAUCGCGAUAAAAACAGAUAUCUUGACGUUCCCUGCCAAGACGCUCGUCGCGUUAUUGUGAAUUGGCCAGGAUUACCAAAUGAUUACAUCCAUGCGAAUUACGUAGCAAAUCCAACAAAAGAUGAUCGCUUUAUCUGUGCUCAGGGACCGCUGGACAACACACAAUUGGCGUUUUGGGCAAUGGUUAUUCUGGUGAAAUCAGAGGCCAUCAUUAUGCUUUGCAAUACGAUUGAACAAGGUAAGUUCAAGUGCUCGCAGUACUAUCCACGUGAAAAGGGCGAAACUAUGACGUUUGGAGAAGGACCAGGAAAAAUUUUUGUGACUAACUUGGAUGUCCAGCCUUUGUCAGAAGAAGAUAACUUUGUAAGAAUAUGCCGUCUAAAGAUCGAUUAUAAAAAAGAUGGCAAAGAAGAGAGUUCAAUCAUUAGGCAUUUUCAAUGGGAAAAUUGGCCAGAUCGAGGAGUUCCACCAACAAGGCUGACAGCUACGAACAUCCUGAGUGAAGUACGGGGAACGACGAAACCAAUUAUUGUGCACUGUUCAGCUGGUAUUGGUAGGACAGGAACAAUUGUAGCUAUCGCUUACGUGCAAGAGAAAAUGCAACAUGGGCAAAACUGCAUGGACAUGGAUGCGCUAACCAAAGAACUUCGCACUCAACGACCAUACUCGAUUCAAAACGAAUAUCAAUACGUCUAUGUGCAUCGCGUACUUUUGGCAUAUUUUUUGGAAAAAUAUCAUGACCGCUUCCAACACAUUUUGGCGGGAGAUGGAGAAGCAAAGUAUGCGAAAUGGAGAGAAGAGUAUAAAAUGUUUACGGGUUGUGAUUAACGUCGUUUACGUUCGAUAAAUUUUAGG